AUUGAGCAAAAUUGUGCAUCAAAUUUCUCGCAUUGCAACCGCCUCUCUGCAUAAUCACAAAACCCUUUCUUCCCUACAUACUUGCAUUUCACCAACCUUCUGCUGCGCUUGUCUUCCGGCUAUAGAUAGGCUUCGUGCCGGCGGCUCUUCGCUCCAGCGCUCCUCGUCGCUGGCCAGCCACCAGGGAGUUGAUUGGAUUUGAUUCAGGUUGGUGUUCUUGUAUCAGUGGGCAUGGUGUUUUGUGACAAUUGUGGACAAUAUGUCCAUGCCGACCAGUCCGAUGGCAGAUCAUGUUGUACAUUGUGUGGGAAAGUCCUUAGUGAAGACAAUUUAGUGUCAGGUCCUACGUUUGUUAAAGAUGCCAGCGGACAGGACGUUUUGUGAGAUCUGUGCAAAGUCAUUUCUCAGCUUCACGGGAUAGAACAUUGAAGGAUGCUUAUGAAGGUAUAGAAGGCAUGGUGUAUGCACUUGGAAUGGAUGGUGGUGAUUCUAUAGCCAAUCAUGCUUUAAACUUUUAUACGAUAGCACUUGAUCGAAAAUUCACCCAGGGACGCAGAAAGGAGCAAGUUCAGGCGGCGUGUCUUUACAUUACUUGUAGGGAAAUGAAAAAGCCUUAUCUUCUCAUUGAUUUUUCUGAGUACUUACGGAUAAAUGUGUACGUAUUAGGCGCUGUCUUCUUACAGCUCUGCAAACUUCUAAGCCUUGAAGAGCACCCAAUUGUUCAAAAGCCUGUAGACCCUAGCCUAUUUAUUCAUCGGUUUGUGAACCGUUUAUGUGGUAAGAGUGAGACGAAUCCAAAUCUUUCCCGUACUGCACUUCACAUUGUUGCUAGUAUGAAGCGAGAUUGGAUGCAGACAGGGAGAAAACCAAGUGGGUUAUGUGGAGCUGCACUUUAUAUAGCUGCUCUUUCAUAUGGGCUGAAGUUCUCUAAGUUAGACAUUAUCAGGGUUGUACAUAUUUGUGAAGCAACACUGACAAAGCGUUUAAUUGAGUUUGAGAAUACUGAUUCUGGGAGCUUAACGAUUGAAGAGUUCAAUGUAAGGGCUUUGGAGCUUGAAAAAGAGCAGAUGUUUAUUGCUGCACAAUACCCUGUGUCAAAAGAAUCUGGAAUGAGUGAAUUGCUGUGUGAACACAAAGGAAGUGGAAUGCCUUCCUUCGCCCAUGGCCUUUGUGAAAGCUGUUAUACCGAUUUUAUAACACUUUCAGGUGGGCUUGAUGGGGGGUCAGAACCUCCAGCCUUUCAACGGGCAGAAAAGGAAAGGCUAAUGGCAAAGGAAUCUGACGAUAGUAACCGUGAGGAUUUAGAUAUACUCAUAUCUUCUGAAGCUGAGAACAAUGUCAGUGACCUUGAGUCUGCUAAAGGACAUGUUAAGAAUGCAAAUGGGAAUGAAGCAUCACUGGGAAAGGAGUCUGAAUUGAAAGAUUUUGCUUCUACACCUGAAGCUAUGCAGGAUGGGCCUCCUCAGUACGAAUCAGAUAGAUUUUCCGACAUCGAUGACGCAGAGGUUGACACAUAUUUACAUAAUGAAGAGGAGAAGCGGCUGAAAAAGAUUAUUUGGGAGAAAAUGAAUAAAGAGUAUCUUGAGGAACAAGAAGCUAAAGAAGCCGCUGCAUUAGCUGAAAAGAAGGCUUUUGAGUCUAAAUUCACCGAUCCUGAGGAGAUGGAAGCUGCACGAAAGCUUGCUGCAGCAGCUGCAGCUGCUGUGUCUAAGUCUAAAAAGGAAAAGCAACAGCAAAGAGCUGCAGAAUUGAAGAAAUCUGGUCCUGCAAAAACUGCCGCAGAAGCCACACAGAAAAUGCUGAGUAGAAAGAGGAGCUCUAUGGUGAACUUGGAUGUAUUGGACACACUUUUCGAUGAACUUCCUCUUCCUGACAAUCUCAAGAAAAGCCGGAAUGACAGACUGGACGAGGAUGUUGACCGUACAGAAGAUGGAGACGACUUUAUAACAGAGGAGACCGGAGAAGAAUGGAUGGCCGGUGGAGGGGAAUAUGGCAAUGAGGAAAACUAUGCCGAGUACGACCAAACAACAACCUAUGAUUACGAUGAUGAAAACCAAUAUGAUGAUGAAUAUGGCAAUGACUAUUGAACUGGUGGAGGGGGAAUAUGGCAACGAGGAAAAAUAUGCAGAAUACGAAACAACCUAUGGUUUUGAUGAUGAACAACACUAUGGUGAAUGUUGCGAGGGCUAUUCGAUUGUCUGUACUCGUUCAUUUUUGCUCAUUUUAUACAAUAUGUAGUAGUUCAGUAAUUUGUAUACAUGUCCAUUUGUGGUGUUGGAGAUAUAUUUAUUAUUUAUAUAAUAUAGUAAUUGUACUGUU